UGUACGUAGACCAUACACCUCUAAACGCACUUGCUUGUCGUACUGAAGGCAGGUCUGGUAUGGUUCAUAAAUAUGCUGUCCUUGCCCCUUUUAAACCUUGUCCGAAAUAAGGAGAAUUGUUGGAGAUUGAUCACACACUUUAAGUAUCUGCAUACUAGAAGCAGGACAUGGUUGGUUAACGGCAGCACUCCUUGGACGAUUCGUUCCAGGGGACAGAAUUGUGGUCUCAUGUCCCAGCGGCAGGUCCCUACGGGGCAACUGAAAGCAGCGAACAUGUGCACCGGCUCCUGUAGUGACGAAGAUAAGACCAGCUGGCUCUGGUCCGUUUACAAUGAAACCAAAAAGCAAACAGAAGAUUUAAUCCCUAUCAUAUCAAACAAUUUUGUGAACCCCGACACCAUCUUUGCAAAUAAUGAGAUGAGUCUGCAGGACAUAGAGAUCUAUGGUUUUGACUAUGACUACACCUUGGCUUUUUACUCCAGUCACCUACACACCCUGAUUUUCAGCAUCGCCCGGGACAUCCUCAUCCAGGAACACCGAUAUCCUGAGGGAUUGAGGGAGUAUGAGUACAUCCCUAAUUUUGUGAUUCGUGGUCUGCACUAUGACGUUCAAAAGGCCUUACUGAUGAAGAUUGAUGCCUUUCAUUAUAUCCAGCUGGGUACAGUGUACAGGGGUCUUAAUCCUGUGCCAGAUAAGGAGGUCAAUGCUAUGUAUGAGGGUUCCCAUGUACCUCUUGAGAUCAUGAGUGACUACUAUGGCAAGAGUUCUCACGGUCACACAAUGAAGCAGUUCAUGGAUAUCUUCUCCCUGCCAGAAAUGACACUACUCUGCUGCGUUAUUGACUACUUCAUGAAGCACAAUAUCGACUACGAACCUGUUCAUCUUUAUAAAGACGUCAAGGAGGCAAUAGGAGAUGUCCACGUCAAAGGGAUCAUGUAUCGAGCGGUAGAGGCUGAAAUUGAGAAGUAUGUCUGUUACGCUGAACAGACACAUGCUGUUUUACAGAAGCUGUCUAAGAAUGGAAAGAAGAUGUUUUUGAUCACCAACAGCCCAUUUGAUUUUGUAGAUCGUGGCAUGAACUACAUAGUUGGAAAAGACUGGCAGGACCUGUUUGAUGUUGUCAUAGUGCAGGCUGACAAGCCAGGCUUUUUCAACGACAGGAGGAAACCAUUCAGACGGGUUACUGAUAGAGGUGUGUUGUUAUGGGACAGGAUUCACCACCUUGAGAAAGGGCAUAUCUAUAAACAAGGAAAUCUGUAUGAGUUUUUGCGGCUUACAGGCUGGAGGGGCUCAAAGGUCUUGUACUUUGGAGAUCACAUUUAUAGUGACCUUGCAGACCUAACUUUGAAACAUGGUUGGAGAACAGGAGCCAUCAUUCCUGAACUACGAAAGGAGAUUAAAAUCAUGAACACUGAGGAAUACGUCCACACUAUGACCUGGCUGCAGGCCCUGACUGGGCUGUUGGAACAAAUGCAGGUGCACAGAGAUCCUGUGUCACAAACAGUGAUUCAGCAAUGGAUCAAUGAAAGGGAGGAUAUGAGGUUACUGACCAAAGACAUCUUUAAUGGCCAGUUCGGGAGUCUUUUUCGUGCAUACCACAACCCGACCUACUUCUCGCGCCGCCUCUCACGGUUCGCUGAUAUCUACAUGGCUUCCCUCAGCUGUCUGCUGAACUAUGACCUCCAGCACACCUUCUACCCCAGACGCACCCCCCUGCAACAUGAGUCGCCUAUCUGGCCGGAGCAAACCAGCACCGGAGCCAUGAACAUCCCCUUCCAGAGCCACAGGACAAAGACUGGAUCAGAAUAGAGAGACUUAGAGAGAUAGUUUACCCAACGAUUUAAUUUGUCAUCAUUUAUUCACCUCUUGUCAUUCCAAACCCGUAUGACUAUGUCUCAGUCACUGUCCCCUUUCAUUGUAUGGAAAAAAAUCUGAUUAACAUUGAAUGAGUUUGGAACAUUUUAGGGGUGAGUAAAUGAUUACAGAAUUUUUCAUUUUGGGUGAACCAUCCCUUUAAUUGAAAGAUGCUUUAUUUUGUUUGUACCACAGAACAACUAUUAUAUGUGUUUUAAUAGAUCAGGCAUCAUACAUCAAACUUAAAGUAUAUUAUCAAUGUUCUGGAGUGGCUUGCAUCUGUGUAUUUUGGGUUAGGCGUGACUACGUUGCUCAAAUGUGUAAUAUCUGCAUUAUGUAAUGUUUUCUUAUGAUGAGGUAAAUCCAGAUUUGCUACAUUUUGUAUAUUACUCAAACGGUUGCACACAUUUGUCGAACUCAAAGGGACAAAAAUGGCAAAUCUGUCAUCUCAUGUCACUAAAAACAGAAAAUCUCAGAAUUCGUUGAGCCAAUGUUGCCAUGUUGGGCUGGUUGGUAUGGGAUAGGAGAAAGGAAUUAUACACUUCAUCUUUAAGGGUGAGUUAAGGAUGACAGAUUUGCCAUUUCUUGGUGAACUUGCAUUUGAAGAAUUAGAUUCAACUAUUAAAUGGAAUAAACGGUCAAUGUUUUAUUUUUAUAUUUGAAGUUCUCUUGAUACCAUGUUAAACAGAUGGGGAUUAACUGCCUAUACAUGGACACAAGCGUAUUUAAAUUUGUUUUAGCUGAUAAUGUGCCUCAUAUAGUUUAGAUUAUUUAUAGUCUAUAUUUGUUGAAGUUGAAGUACUGUAGUUUUGUUGUCGUCAUUGGCCUUCAUACAUCCACCUCCAAUAUCUUUAUUGAAAGAAGGGAGUGAACACUUGAAGUCACACAAGCCAGACUCCUUUUCUUGAGUACUUUACCUGUUGAAGAGCAAAAUAUGAAGUCCCCUUUGAGCUGACCUUUGACCUUUCCAAAAAUAAAAGCACAGGUUUCUGAUUUCUGAGCCAACUGGAUCAGAUUUUAGAUUGAUAAUGAAGAGAAACAUCUAUUAGAACCAAAGGGGAAACUCAGGAAGACUGGCAGGUACUAAAUAUACAGUAUAUGUAUAAAUAUACACAGUAUAUCUUGAAAGGAUUUCGACAAUUUCAGUGUUCAAUGUUUUAAAAGCCUUACAUACUGUGUUUUUUCAAUAUAUGACAAUAAUAUAUGUUUCUAUCAAAAGGUACACAUUGUGUGAUAUUUUAGAAACUACAAUUAUAGCAGAAUGUUAUAGGUUGUACAGGUCAUGUAACUCUUAAAGUGAACUCUUAUUUAACAUAAUGGCUUUUAAAAGGAUAGUUCAUCCAAUAAAUGAUCAUUUACUCACCCUCAUGCAUCCCAGAUGUGUAUGACUUUCUGUCUUCUGCUCAACACAAAGAUUUCUAGAAGAAUAUUUCAGCUCUGUUGGUUCAUAAAAUGCAAGUGAAUGGUUACCAAAAUGUUGAAGCUCCACAAAGCACAUAAAGGCAGUAUGAAAGUAAUCCAUACGACUCCAGUGGUUAAAUCCAUGUCUUCAGAAGUGAUAUGAUAGGUGUGGGUUUAAAAACAGAUCAAUAUUCAAGUUGUUUUUAACUAUAAAUCUUCACUUUUGCUUCCAUGUUCUUUUGUUUGUUUUUUGGUGAUUCGCAUUCUUUGUGCAUAUCACCACCUACUGGGCAGGGAGAAGAAUUUAUAGUAAAAAGGACUCAAAUAUUAAUCUGUUUCACCCACAUAACAUCACUUCUGAAGACAUGGAUUUAACUACAAUGCAGUAUGGACCUACAGAGCUGAAAUAUUCUUCUAAAGAUCUUAAUUUGUGUUUGCAGAAGAAAGUAAGUCAUACAUCUCUGGGAUGGCAUGAGGGUGAGUAAAUAAUGAGAGAAUUUUCCUUUUUAGGUGAACCAUCCCUUAAAGGCACUACUUCCUGCAUGGUAAAUAAUAGAUUUUUUUUUAAACUUUUAUCAUUUUAAAUUUCACUGUAUUUAAAUGAACAAUUUGAUCAUGCUGUAAAGACACUAUCAUUGGAUGUAUCAUGCUUUAAUGACAUUUGAGUGUAGUUUUCUGUCUACUUACAGUGAAUAGAAUGAGCGAAUAUGACUUUGCCAGUUUUUUUUUUUUACACUUACGCCUUUAAUAAUUAUUGUCAGCAUUGUUUAAACUGAUAUGUAUUUUUAUUUCGUGUUAAUCUUUUUUUUGAAGUGUAUUUGUGAUAUUUAUUACAAAUUCUAUCAAAAUAAUUAUUUGUCUCUGCAUUAUUAUUUUGUAAUGGUUUGUUAUGUGCUAAUGAUAGUA